AAAAGUAUUAUCCAGGACCAUGGAGGUGCUGCAGUGCGAUGGCUGCGAUUUUCGAGCUCCAUCCUAUGAAGACCUUAAAGCUCACAUUCAAGAUGUUCACACUGCUUUUUUGCAGCCAACAGAUGUUUCUGAGGAAAGUCCUAGCCAGCCAAGGUCUGGCUCCAUGAAUGCUAGCAACCAGACAGAGGUCGAAUUUUCUUCUGUCAAGGAUGAAUUUACAAUUGCAGAUGAAAUUGCAGGGCAAAAUGCAGCUCAGAUGGGGACUGGAAGUUAUUAUAGCCAUAGCCAGAGUUUUUAUAGCCAGCACAUGGCCCCAAAUCCUAAACCAACAAAUAAGUUUUUCCAGUGCAAAUUCUGUGUGCGUUACUUCAGAUCCAAAAACCUUCUCAUAGAACAUACCCGAAAAGUGCAUGGCACACAAGCUGGAGGGAGCUCGGUGGGGCCGCCUGCUGCUGGAUCCUUAAAUUACAACAUCAUGAUGCAUGAAGGGUUUGGCAAAGUUUUCUCUUGCCAGUUCUGCACCUAUAAAUCGCCACGGCGUGCAAGGAUUAUUAAGCACCAGAAAAUGUAUCACAAAAAUAAUCUAAAGGAGAGUUCAACUCCCCCUGCUGCUGCAGCUGCCAUAUCUGAAUCAGCAUCUGCAUCCGUGCCGGUGCAGGAAUCCUGCAAGGAGCUGCCUGCUGAAGUAGUAGAGCGUAGCAUCUUGGAAUCCAUGGUCAAGCCUUUAACAAAGUCCAGGGGCAAUUUUUGCUGCGAAUGGUGUAGCUAUCAGACCCCUCGAAGGGAACGCUGGUGUGACCACAUGAUGAAGAAGCAUCGCAGCAUGGUAAAAAUACUGUCAAGCCUGAGACAGCAACAGGAUGGAACCGGAUUGCCUGAUGUGCAGAACAAGAGUGCGCCGAACUCCGCCCCAAACUCCAACUAUAUCUCUAUGAAUGCUACAGGACGUGAGAUGCCGAAUGCCAAUGUCUCAAACUUCAGAGGCUCUAUGAGUAACUCCCUUAUCAGACCCAAUUCUUCUACAUCUUCAAAGUUUUCUUCUGUGUCUUAUCCUCAAAUGAAGCCUAAGUCACCUCAUAACUCUGGUAUGGUUAAUUUGUCUGACAGAUCCCGCUAUGGAAUAGCUGACAUGACAAAUUCUUCUGCUGACCUGGAAACUAAUAGUAUGCUAAAUGACUCUAGCUCUGAUGAAGAGCUAAAUGAAAUAGACAGUGAGAACGGCUUGAACUCCAUGGAUCACCAGACCUCAGGAAUGUCUGCAGAGCAGCUGAUGGGAUCUGAUGGUAACAAAUUAUUGGAAACAAAGGGGAUACCCUUUAGAAGAUACAUGAACAGGUUCCAGUGUCCUUUUUGCCCUUUCCUCACUAUGCACCGCCGAAGCAUCUCCCGCCAUAUUGAGAACAUCCACUUGUCUGGGAAGACGGCAGUAUACAAGUGCGAUGAAUGUCCUUUCACUUGUAAGAGUUCAUUAAAACUUGGAGCUCAUAAACAAUGUCAUACAGGUACAACAUCAGAUUGGGAUGCUGUGAAUUCCCAGAGUGAAAGCAUAGCCUCCUCUCUGAAUGAAAGCACAGUGUCUUAUGAAAGUGGAAAUAUAAAUGGCAGGAAGUCAGGUGGAAUGAUGGAAUCCGUGCAGCAGCAACAGCAGCAGUCACCUCAACCCCACUCGCAGCACCCCUAUAAAUGCACACUGUGCAACUACUCCACAACUACUUUGAAAGGUCUCCGAGUUCAUCAACAACACAAGCAUUCUUUUUGUGAUAACUUGCCAAAAUACGAGGGACCGUCAUCCAAUGCUCAACAAGAGAGUGAGGUGGAUGCCCAUGCUGCCUCCAGCACUGUGAAGAAAAGCCAGACCUCAAUUCUUGGGUUAUCAUCUAAAAAUAACUUUGUAGCUAAGGCCUCUCGAAAACUGACAAAUGACUUUCCCCUAGAUCUAUCACCGGUGAAGAAGCGAACUAGAAUUGAUGAAAUAGCUAGCAACUUACAGAGCAAAAUCAACCAAAACAAGCAACAAGAAGAUGCAGUGAUUAAUGUAGAGGAUGACGAAGAGGAGGAGGAAGACAAUGAAGUGGAGAUAGAAGUAGAAUUGGACAAGGAAGAAGAACAAACAGAGCCAUUGAUGGAGGUGUCUAGUUCCUAUGCACCCCAGCAAAUGUGGGGAAGAGAUACUAAUGAUUCUCAGAAGGAGACUAAUUUCAGGAACAUGCCACAUGAUUAUAAUUCCACCAAUGGGGCAGAAAUUGAGCUAACUUUAUCUGAAGAUGAGGAAGAUUAUUACUGCUCUUCUGUCAGCAUGAAGGAUCACCAAGGGCCUAAUGCAUCUCUUUUGGGCAGCCAGUCGAGUAUGUAUGGAUCUGAUCAAAACAGUGAAAAUGCAGAGUUUAAUGAUUCUGGACGGCUUUAUUAUUGCAAGCACUGUGACUUUAGCAACAAAUCUGCCAGGAGUGUUAGCACCCACUACCAACGGAUGCACCCUUACAUUAAGUUCAGCUUUAGGUAUAUCUUGGACCCUAAUGAUCACAGUGCUGUGUACAGAUGCCUUGAAUGUUACAUUGACUACACCAACUUUGAAGACCUGCAGCAGCAUUAUGGUGAGCAUCAUCCUGAAGCUAUGAAUGUACUCAACUUUGAUCAUUCCGAUCUGAUCUACCGCUGCCGCUUUUGCUCUUACACUAGCCCGAAUGUUAGAAGCUUGAUGCCGCACUACCAAAGAAUGCACCCAACUGUUAAAAUUAACAAUGCAAUGAUAUUUUCAAGCUACGUAGUCGAGCAGCAAGAAGGGUUAAAUGCAGAGUCACAAACACUGAGAGAGAUCUUGAAUUCUGCUCCCAAGACCAUGGCAACUUCCACUCCAGUGGCCCGUGGGGCUGGCGUGCCUGCUACAUUUAACAAAAAUGCUUCGAAGAGUUUUAGUCCAGAAUGUGAAAAUCAGAAAGAGCCUUCAGUUAAUAGCGUUGUGGUGUAUGACUGUGAUGUGUGUUCGUUUGCAAGCCCUAACAUGCAUUCUGUUCUGGUGCAUUAUCAGAAAAAACACCCUGAAGAAAAGGCUUCAUAUUUCAGGAUUCAGAAGACCAUGCGGGUGGUGUCUGUCGACAGGGGUUCUGCCUUGGCUCAACUGUCCUUUGAGCUGGGAACUCCCAUCUCCCCAAAACUGUCCAACAUGGCUUCGCAGCCACCACCUCCCCCACCACCACCACCAGACCUCACCACUGAACUCUACUACUGCAAGCACUGUUCAUAUAGCAAUCGCUCGGUGGUGGGAGUGCUCGUCCACUAUCAGAAAAGGCAUCCAGAGAUAAAGGUCACUGCGAAAUACAUUAGGCAGACCCCCCCGACAGCAGCAAUGAUGAGGGGUGGUGAAAUGCCACCUGGCAUUCAGAGGCCACCAGCAUCUAUGCAGCUGAACAGGGGCAGCUCUGAGGCUCCCCUGGAGAAUGAAAUGUUCUUCUGUCAGCAUUGUGAUUAUGGAAAUCGGACCGUUAAAGGCGUGCUCAUUCAUUAUCAAAAGAAGCAUCGUGACUUCAAAGCCAACGCAGAUGUGAUCAGACAGCACACGGCCACAAUUAGGAGCCUUUGCGAUCGUGGCCAGAAAAAAUUGUCCAGCAGCAUGCCUACGCCCACUUCCAAUGCAGAGCGGGACAAGGCUAAACUAAGAGCUCUCAAAUGCCGGCAGUGUUCCUACACGUCGCCUUAUUUUUACGCACUGAGGAAGCAUAUUAAGAAAGACCACCCAAGCCUGAAGGCCACAGUUACAUCCAUUUUACGAUGGGCAUUUUUGGAUGGCUUAAUAGAAGCUGGUUAUCACUGUGAAUGGUGUAUUUAUUCACAUACAGAGCCUAGCGGUUUGCUCGUGCAUUACCAAAGGAGACAUCCUGAGCAUUAUGUUGACUAUACAUACAUGGCCACUAAACUCUGGGCAGGUCCAGAUCCUUCCCCUCCAGCCCUAGUGAUGCCAUCAGAGGCAAAAACCUAUAAAUGCAGAGACUGCAUUUUUGAAGCAUCUUCCAUUUGGGAUAUUACGAAUCACUAUCAGGCUUUUCAUCCUUGGGCCAUGAAUGGGGAUGAGUCUGUGUUGCUGGAUAUCAUCAAGGAGAAAGACGCUGCUGAGAAAGCUGGGACCCCGUCCGAUGAAGUCGGGACCAGGGUUAAUUCUGAAGACCAGAUAACCACAUCACAGGUGGAACAGGAUGUCGAUUGUGCAGAAGAUUCCAGCCUUCCCCAGGAAAAAAAUGUCCAGCUGGCCUCUGCAAACCCUGCAAUAUCCUCCACGCCGUAUCAGUGCACGGUGUGUCAGUCCGAAUACAAUAACUUGCAUGGCCUCCUGACGCAUUAUGGCAAAAAACAUCCUGGCAUGAAAGUUAAAGCUGCAGAUUUUGCACAGGACAUAGACAUUAACCCAGGAGCCGUGUACAAGUGCAGGCAUUGCCCAUACAUUAAUACACGCAUCCACGGUGUCCUUACACACUACCAGAAACGGCAUCCGUCAAUAAAGGUCACCGCUGAGGAUUUUGUGCAUGACGUGGAGCAGUCUAAUGACAUGGCCCAGAAUGAUGUGGAAGAAACGAGUAGGAUUUUCAAGCAAGGGUAUGGUGCUUACAGAUGCAAAUUAUGCCCUUAUACCCAUGGCACUUUGGAAAAGCUUAAAAUUCACUAUGAAAAAUACCACAACCAACCUGAAUUUGACGUGUUUGCGCAGUCACCGCCGAAGGUGUCUGCAUCCAUGGAGCUGGAGGGUACCCCCGAAAUAAAGGCUUCUCCGGAAAUUGCUGCUGAGGACAUCGGAGAAGUCACCAUGCCAGCUUCUCAUUUCUCCAGCUCUCAUCUCGUGUCUCACACGGUGUUCCGCUGCCAGCUGUGCAAAUAUUUCUGCUCCACCCGGAAGGGGAUAGCCAGGCACUACCGCAUCAAACACAACAAUGUCCGGGCGCAGCCCGAAGGCAAAAACAACCUCUUCAAAUGCGCUUUGUGUUCCUACACAAACCCCAUCCGCAAAGGGCUUGCAGCACACUACCAGAAACGGCACGACAUUGACGCUUAUUACACUCAUUGCCUGGCAGCCUCCAGGACGGUAAGUGACAAGCCCAGUAAAGUGAUCAUUCCGUCUCCCCCCAAAGACACCUCUCCUCAAUUGAGCGAGGAGCUGAGGAGGGCAGUGGAAAAGAAAAAGUGCUCGCUUUGUUCCUUCCAGUCCUUUAGCAAAAAAGGCAUUGUGUCCCACUACAUGAAGCGUCACCCUGGUGUUUUCCCUAAGAAGCAGCAUGCGAGCAAGCUGGGGGGCUACUUUACAGCUGUGUAUGCUGAUGAGCAUGAAAAGCAGACUCUAGGAGAGGAGAGAAAUGAUUUUGAAAAGCCUGAGGUGGAGAAUGAGGCUCAGGAAAUUGAGUGGCUUCCUUUCAGGUGCAUAAAAUGUUUCAAACUGUCCUUCAGCACAGCCGAGCUGCUGUGUAUGCAUUACACUGACCACCACAGCAAGGAUUUGAAGAGAGACUUUACCAUACUGGGAUGUGGCACCCGUUCUCAGAGCUCUGCCUACCAGUGCAAGCACUGUGAUAGUAAACUGCAUAGCAUGGCAGAACUGACCUCACACUUGAACAGUCACAAUGAGGAAUUCCAGAAGCGUGCCAAACGUCAAGAGAGGAGGAAACAGCUUUUGAGCAAGCAGAAAUAUGCAGAUGGUGCUUUUGCAGAUUUCAAACAAGAGAGGACGUUCGGUCACUUGGAAGAUGUAUCAAAAUUUAAGGAGAGAAAAGUUGUUGGAUACAAAUGUAAAUUUUGCGUGGAAGUUCAUCCCACCCUUCGAGCCAUCUGUAAUCACCUUCGCAAGCAUGUUCAGUAUGGGAAUGUCUCUUCUGUGACAGCUACCGUAAAGGGUCUGCGAUCUCAUGAGAGAAGUCAUUUGGCUCUGGCCAUGUUUACCCGUGAAGACAAGUACAGCUGCCAGUAUUGCUCCUUUGUCUCUGCUUUCAGGCACAAUUUGGAUCGCCAUAUGCAGACUCACCACGGACACCAUAAACCAUUCCGUUGCAAACUCUGCCCCUUCAAGUCCUCCUAUAAUAGCCGUCUGAAAACUCAUCUACUCAAAGCUCAUGCUGGUGAACAUGCCUACAAAUGCUCCUCCUGCUCAUUUUCCACCAUGACAAUCAGCCAGCUGAAAGAGCACUCCUUGAAAGUGCAUGGGAAAGCACUGACACUACCAAGACCCCGCAUUGUCAGCCUUGUAGCCUCACUCGCCCAACACGCCUCCAAGAACCACACUCCUGCUGAAGAAGUGGAGGACUCUAAUGAUUCUUCGUACUCCGAACCUCCUGAUGUUCAGCAACAGCUGAACCAUUACCAGUCAGCGGCUCUGGCCAGGAACAACAACAACAUUAGCCCCAUCCCACUUUCUGGGGCUGCUGCAGGAGCUGAACAGAAAACUGAAGCCAUCCUUAACUGUGAAUUUUGUGAAUUCUCCUCGGGUUACAUUCAGAGCAUUCGGCGUCACUACCGUGACAAACAUGGAGGGAAGAAACUCUUCAAGUGCAAAGAUUGUUCCUUUUAUACAGGCUUUAAAUCUGCUUUUACUAUGCAUGUGGAAGCUGGGCAUUCAGCAGUUCCUGAGGAAGGACCCAAAGACCUUCGCUGUCCUCUUUGCCUGUACCACACCAAAUACAAACGUAACAUGAUUGACCAUAUAGUCCUGCACAGAGAAGAGCGAGUUGUUCCCAUUGAAGUCUGCCGAUCCAAACUGUCAAAAUACUUGCAGGGAGUAGUUUUCCGCUGUGAUAAGUGUACCUUCACCUGCUCCAGUGAUGAGAGCUUACAGCAGCACAUAGAAAAGCACAAUGAACUGAAACCUUACAAAUGCCAACUGUGCUACUAUGAGACCAAACACACGGAGGAGCUGGACACUCAUCUUCGAGAUGAGCAUAAAGUGAGUCGUAAUUUUGAGCUGGUUGGGCGGGUUAACUUGGAUCAGCUGGAACAAAUGAAAGGGAAAACUGAGAGCUCCAGCAGUGAUGAGGAGGAAAAGGAAGAGGAGAUGAGCCCCAAGACUGAAGAGAGAGAUUCCAUGAUGUUCUCUGACAGUGGCGCUCCUGAGAAGCGUUUUCCAUGUGAGUUUUGUGGGAGGUCAUUUACAGAGGGCUCUGAGUGGGAACGGCACGUACUGAGACAUGGCAUGGUCCUGAAUGAAAGUAAGCGAGGGAUCAGUGAGGAUGACCAGCCCAAGGAGAACACAGAGGAAAAUGUUAAGGUACCCUCAGCAGAAGAAAAGGAAAGCAGUGAGGAAAUGGUGGACUUUUCCCACAAGAAUGAAACUGCAGUCCUUGGUGUGGCUGCCGAUAAAUCUCUCCAAGAGAACACAGAGGCCAAAAACGAAUAAGCAUUUGGUGUGAUUUUAAUUAACCUACUUGAACAGUGAUGAAAGGGGUGGGGGGUGGGCUGAAGGAAGAAACAAAGCUGCUUUUAGGACUGAAUGAUCUAUUUUCAAAGCACUGGUACCUGUGUGAGUGUGUGUAUAUUAAAGUUAUUUAAAUGAUGGAAUAAGUGGCUCCAUUACAUCACUGCAUCUUUUCUUCUGGAUUUUGACAAUGGGAAGUUACAUUCAUCUUGGACUAACGAAGCAACUUCCCGGGUUCCUACAUUACACAAUGUGCUUUGCAAUGGAGACUUGGAUUGUUUGAGAACGGAAGCGUCGUGAGCGUGGAAGAAGGGGGGACAACUUUUUGACGCACAAAUUUCAGUGCGUUUUUCUAGUUUUAAUACAUUACACUUUUCCAGACUGAAUGCAACUGCUUUAGAAAAGAAAAGAAAGGAUAAAAAAAAAAAAACUGCUUUGCAUAAAACAGUCACCUGUUUCUUAGUACCUCAAAAUUAACCAAGGGAAAUCUCUGCAUUUGUCAGUACUACCUGUUGUCGUUGUGGUU